GCGUGAGCCGCAUGACUCACGAGUGCUGUGAGAAAAAGUAUCGCCACUUACUGAGUUUCACAGACGCGCUUUCAGACGCUCCGGCAGCUUCUCACACAGCUUCAGGUUUAAACUUAAAGUUAGCUGCGUGCGCUCGUUUUCUCCACCGCUGGCGUGAGCCCGGGGAAAAUCUGAUUAGCACGGCCGGGUUUGUGACACGCUCCGCCGCGUCCAGGUAUAUCAGCCAGUGGGUUAACCAGCACUAACCAUGAAUAAUUCAGACAUGGUGCCUCUGACAACAGUCUCCUCAUACACAAACACAACUGUGACACAGGCAUCAGAUAUGAGACUUUUGACAUCACUUCCCACACAAGCAGACACCACCAUGAUUCAGGUGGUAACAACGGCUGCCCCCUCAAGUCCAGACUCCGCGGUUAUCGCAGUGGUUAUUGUGCUCAUCCUGCUGACGGUAGCCACUUUGGGCUUCCUGCUUUACCGGUAUCUCUGCCACAACAAAGGAGACUACAGGACGACAGGGGAGCUGGCUCCAGGAGAGGACCCCGAUGAGGAGUACAGUAACCAGGCUACGAGUGAAAAGAAGGAAUACUUCAUAUGAACCUGGUGACUUACAGGGAGUGAGUGGGGCUGCAGAAAGAAAAACGGGUCUGUGAAGACUGAGAAGAACUUGGACUGUUAUUUCUGUGUCUGUGUUUUGAGGGAAGGCCGCUACUUGCUGCACACGGGGCAGAGAAAAGCUAUUUUGUUAUGAAAAAUGCAGAGGAGCAUAAGUAAUACCAAAGAUAAGAUUGUUAUUGUAAGACUGAGUAUUGAUGGAUGAGGAGCAGGUGACAAGGCGACAGGUGUGUUCAGAUCAGAGCUAGGCGUGAAACAGGUGGUUUUUAAAACGCCACAGCUGCAUGAUCAGUAAAAACUCAGCAACAAUCGAAAUGAAAGAUUAGCUGCUCUGCUACACUAUUUAUCAGCCAUGUUUCCGUUUUUCUCUUUUAGUAUUUGUAAUAUGUUAUUUCAUUCAGACAUACUGUAUUUUUCCCCAGACAAAUUGUACAAGACAUGUUAUGGGGCUGUUACUUUUAUGCUGAUUUGCUUUUUAAAUGAUGGCUUUUCUAUGCAGUUCUUUUAUAAGAUAGUCAAAAACAGUGGCAUCCACAGGACAGCUUAAUAUUAUUUGUUGGAUUUUGUUGUACCUGUUUUUGUUUUCUUUGCCAGACGUGGUUACUGAUGACUUCCCUAUUUGAGAUAAAUACGGAAGAAAAUAAAACUUGCUUUUGGA